AUGGCCAAGGCGAAGAGAUCUGCAGCCGUCACGGCGACAACGCCUCCACUCUUGAACUUCAUCGACCGUCUUUCGGACGAUUGCCUCUGGCUUAUCAUCAAAAAGGUUGCCAAACUCAAGGCGCCAACUUGGGGUGCUCCGACGCCUAUCAAGCAGUUUUCUGCAGUCGACAAACGCACUCGACAACUGUCCCUUCCAUUCGUGUUCCAGUCCGACAAACUACGCUGGUACUACGAGUCUGCGACCGACCUACAUCGUCAUGUGCAGACUCUGAGACAAGCACACUCAAUCGUGACUGCAAACUUGGUGGCAUUCAGCUGGACUUUGCUCGUUGCCAUGCCGCGUCUAACCGAGCUUCACAUCAAACUGGACGACGGUGAAAAGCUUGCUUCCCAACUGAGAUCUGCAGCCAGGACUAGCCGCUUACAGCUCCCGUCCGUGAUCACGCUGCAGAUCCAGCAUGUGCCCAACGCAGCCUUUCUCCUACGCGCAUGUCCUCACUUGGAAACGUUUGUCACAAACCACCCGAACAAGCAGUGGAAACAGACAUUCAAGGCUUUGCGAGAAAAGUCAGCACUUCAACACGUUGAACUGGAGAAUUACAAGGGCUGGAAGCCAAAGCAACUCGAAGACGUCAACGAUUAUUUGAUGCAUGUCCGCAGUUUGUGCUUCAAAGGGGAGCUUCACCUAGUCAAAUUGACCGACCUUGUCCACAGCUUCAAUCGUAUGGAACAACUGGAGUCGCUAGCAGUCACCAAACAACAGUGGAUCAAUACAACCUAUCUGCGCAAGCAUUUUCUCGAUGAUAGACUGCUCGACGAAAUCGACUACCGUCAGGAAAUAUCCCCGUAUAACGAGGACGAGGAAGCGGUAGCACGGGCUUUCUUUCACGAAUGCAAGACACUGACGCAACUACGAUUGCUUGACCAUUUUGCGACUUCUGCAACGUUCGGACGGUCGCAGGACGGGGCAGUCGCCAAGUCAGAUUCCUCCGAGGACGACGAUUGGCACGGAUGUCCCAUGAAGAUCAUGUACUUGGGGCUCGGCUUGACUCGAUGA